GUUAAACAUUGCCCCCGAGAACGGUUGAUGAAUCAUGAAUUGGGUUUUUUUUUUAACUUUUGGUCAAAAAAAGUUAUUGUCAAUUUUCAAUUGUCAAUUGCAUUCCCAACGUAUCAAUUUGCAAUUAAAAUUCUGCACUUUUCUUUGUCUUCAGCUGAGACUCUGCCAGCACGUGCCCUGUAACUGUAGACUGAAGACUGUAGACUGUCUGCAGUGCAACAAGUAUAAGGGGGGAGGGAGCAUUGUCGGGGGCAUGGAGUCCAGCAACAACAACAACAACCAUGAGCCAAUAAGUAUGGAUGCCAGCCCUAAAAGCGAUGGGGGAGAAUCUUCAGCUCAACCUACACAAAUCACCUCCAUCGAUGGAUUCUUCAAUCGCAAACGUGGAAGACCGCCAAAGAAUCGCUUUGUAGAAGUCUACAAAAGCGCUCAACAAUCGCCUCAAGCCAUAUUCACUAGCUUUAAGCUGGAGAAAAAUGAUCAGACCAAUGUUUCCGGUUUGGUAGCACCCCCUGAAGACGUGGAGAAUCCCCUCUCUUCUCUGAGACAAAACCGACUGAUCGCAGCUGAUCUCACACCUAGUCGGACCAGGAAAAGAGGUCGCGUUUGGACCGUGCAGUCCCACAAUGACUUGACCAUAACACCGAGCAAUGAGAGAACGAGAAGCACAACCAAAAUGGAAUCAAAUGAAAGCCGAUCGCCAGAUCAGGUAAUGUUCAGCGCUCCUAUCGUGGAGUCUUCUGCAACCAGCAACUGUUUGGAGAAAGUUUCAGUUGUGCGUGCAGCAGGAACAUUUUAUCCGGAGAAUGCAGUUGCAGUGUCCGCAGCAGAGACAGCAGACAGCACAAGGAUUAGGUAUAGUCCUCCGUUGAGUAAGGACUGCAACAUGGAGCAACCGGAGGAUCUGAGCAUGCGUGGCAGCCAAGUGGACUCAAGCGGGGGGCGUGGCGAAUCAGAGGCGGGACUAAAACUGUUGCAGUUUAAACAAUUGAUUGAUUUGUAUCAACGCCAAUGGCUGCUGCCCAGUUUUCUGGCUGCGGCAAGUCAACCUGCCACAUUGGACAUGCGUCUGCUGCUGGAGAAUGCGGCACAGCAGAAAAUGCUGCUACUCAAUGCGGCAGCAGCAGGAGCUGUCGCAGCUGCCGCAGCGGCAGCAACAGCAACGACCACAACGGAGGAGACACCUGCAAUUGAGGCUGCCACUGCAACUUCGAUUCCUAUACCUAUUCCGACUGUGACUGUGACUGCGACUGCGACUACGAUUGCUGGGCGUGGCAAGCGGGCAAAGGAUCAGGAUAUUCCCACGGGUUAUCUCAAGUUUCGCUUCAAUGAGGACUGCGGCUUUGAGCGCUGUGGCUAUCGGAAUCAUCAGUCGCACUUCCACUGCAAUCGACGCGACUGUCAUUACAGCUUCUGCGACAAGACGCGAUUCGUGCAACACACGGCGCGGCACGAACGCAUGGACACCUUAAUGGGCGAUGACUUUCGACAAUAUCGAGCUAAUAUGCGCUGCGGUGUUAUCGACUGCUGCUAUGCCACGCCCACCACACUGGCAGUCAACUGCCGCCCAGAUGAGAUCCGGACAUUGGGCGCUGCUCCAAAGAAAUCCUCGCAUUUCCAUUGCCGCAAAUGCGAUUACGUGUGUACCGAUUCCAACAAGGUCGUGGCCCAUCGUCGCCUCCACAUGCGGCUGGACUAUGUGCGCUCGGCGGGAUUCCGUAAAGUAGCCAGCAACGAGUCCUGCGAUUCGCCGUCCUGCUCUUACGCGUUGCGGCACACGCACUAUCACUGCACCACCUGCGACUGCAGCGUUCUCUCUCGUGCUCAGCUCGGUUCGCACAGGCACAGGAUCAGUCAGUCAGUCACCAAGCAGCUGGCAGAGAGUCUACCUGAUGCCCACUCGGAACAGGAAUUGCAGCCAUAUCCUUAAUCUUACGUGUAGUUCAUUUAAAGCUGAAAGCAAUAAAAGCCAUAAACAAAU